GCAGUUCCUCAAUGUCGUCCUCUGUCAUCACCAUGGGUCUUCACUCUUUAGCUCAUACCUCUCGCUGUGGGUUCUUCCGCAAACCUUUCAGAGUUGAAUUUGAAAAAUAACCUCGAGAGAAGCAGAGGCCAACAAGGAAUUGAAUGACAAGAAGAGGUUGGCGACGAGGGGGGCAUGCUUUACAUAGAACAGACUCUGAUGAAACCUGCCUUACCGCUUUCGUGCUUCUUCCUCGUCCUCUCUGAGCUUCAUUCUUCCACAGGCGUGAACCCUGUUGCCGGCAUCGUCUUCUCAAGAACCCAGCCUGUGGUGGAUGCUUUUGAUCCAAGAUUGUUAAUAGCUCCUCCUAUGUUCCAUGUGACAGACUUCACAAAAAUAAAGAUAAUAGCUCCGCUUCAGGAAGAGCUUUAUGAAAUAGAUAUACCUCUAAGAUUCAUGGCCGCUGUCGUUGCACGAGUGCAUGGGUUGGCUUGCUGGUUUGAUGUGCUGUUCAAUGGAAGGUGGCUCACGACUGCUCCAGGGUCACGAACAACCUACCAGUGCCAAUUGCACUGUGUUCUCUCCCAGCCAAAUUAUGUCAGGGCGGGACAAGAAAUUACUGGCAGGUUGCACAUGAUUACUCUUUAAUUUUUUCCCCCUAUUUUCAUUCAUUCAUUCAUUUAUUUUAACAUUAGAUGGAGACAUUCAA